GAGCUAGGGGUGGGCUUCGGGGACCCCAGGUGGAAGGGGGACCCCUCGGUUCCCGCCCUUCUGAAACGCACGUGGGCCACAUCCGGCCCGGGACCCCACACAUGACAGGGAUGAGGCCGGAGACGCUGCUUCCUCCGACCUUCAGCCUGAGCGACCUUGGGGCUCCGUGCCUCACAGCCUCCCUCCCUUCAGCCCCAGCCCCUUAGCGCCCGGUCCUGAGCCCAGACGUCUGACCGGCGCUGCCCAAGCAGGUGACGGUCCAGGAAUUGCAAGGAAGCGUCCACUCGCGCAGCAGGUACUGCUCGGCCAUGACCACGGCGUGGUACCGGCCCACGUGGGAUCUGGCCCUGGACCCGCUGGUGUCGUGCAAGCUGUGCCUCGGCGAGUACCCGGUGGAGCAGAUGACCACCCUGGCCCAGUGCCGCUGCGUCUUCUGCACGCUGUGCCUGAAGCAGUACGUGGAGCUCCUGAUCAAAGAAGGAUUCGAAACCGCUAUCAGCUGCCCGGACGCCGCCUGCCCGAAGCAGGGCCGCCUGCAGGAGCACGAGAUCGAGUGCAUGGUUGCGGCUGAAAUUAUGCAGAGAUAUAAAAAGCUACAAUUUGAAAGAGAGGUGCUGCUGGACCCCUGUCGGACCUGGUGCCCGGUGCCCACCUGCCAGGCCGUGUGCCAGCUCCCGGAGAUGGGGCUGCAGACGUCCCAGCCAGUGCAGUGCAAGGCCUGCGCCACGGAAUUCUGCUCCGCCUGCAAGGCCAGCUGGCACCCCGGCCAGGGCUGCCCGGAGACCAUGCCCAUCACCUUCCUCCCCGGGGACACCAGUUCUCCCCACAGUUCGGGGUUCAGGCUGGAGGAGGACGAUGCGCCCAUCAAACGCUGCCCCAAGUGCAAGGUCUACAUCGAGCGGGACGAAGGCUGCGCCCAGAUGAUGUGCAAGAACUGCAAGCAUGCCUUCUGCUGGUACUGCCUGGAGUCCCUGGACGACGACUUCCUCCUCAUCCACUACGACAAGGGGCCCUGCAGGAACAAGCUGGGCCACUCCAGGGCCUCGGUGAUCUGGCACCGGACACAGGUCGUGGGCAUUUUUGCUGGAUUUGGGCUCCUGCUGUUGGUGGCCUCGCCCUUCCUGCUCCUGGCCACCCCCUUUGUACUUUGCUGCAAGUGCAAGUGCAGCAAAGGCGACGAUGACCCGUUACCCACCUAGAGGAAGGCACGACCCGGGAGCGAGACCCCUGCCUCCGGGAGCCGGACUCUCCCCCCGCCUCCGCCCCCUCUCACUAAACAUCCUUCUUGCCUUA